AUGGACACCUUGGACCGCAUAGACGAGUACUUUAGGAAUGAAGCUGGAUAUGCAGAAAUGGAAAAGGUGAGAUUCAGUGAAAAUUCAAAGAAACCAACUGAAGGAAGUAUUCACCAUGAGAAAGAAGCAACGAAGUCCAAAAAUGCGGAUGGGGUGGUUAUUACGAAUCCAGCUGGGGACCCUAAGAAUUUGACGAUUGAACCAGCUUGUAUCCACUUGAAUUUGGAAAAAGAGUGCUGUCCCAAACCAAACCGAGUUGAUCGUGACAAUCCAAUUCAAAGCAUAAGCACACCACCUGUGAUAAGAGAAUACCCAACUCAUGUGCAGAGUGAGAGUACUGAGGGUUCUGGAAAGGUCAACCAAGAAGGGAAAGGUGAAAAUCUCUUCUUGGGUGUGAAACAAUCAAUACCAGAAGAGUAUAGAUCGGUGUUUCCUUUUGAAUUCAAUAAAAUGCAACGCGAGUCGUUUCCCACCAUCUACGAGUCUGGCCAAAGCUGCGUGAAAUGGGAAUCGUUGACUAAAAAGUGGCAUGAGUACCCAGAGGUAUUUUUGAGCUACCAGUUAUUAUUGCUCGAUGAAGUACAUGCCAUCGGAACAGAAAGAGGAUACUCACUAGAGGCAGUCACUACAAGAAUGAAAAUGAUGAACCAGGGUCUAAGGAUAGUAGCAUUGUCUGCAACUAUCACGAAUAUAUCGGAUAUUGCGCUUUGGAUCGGUGCUGGUUCCACAUCCCUGUGCAUCAGCAUAUCUUAUGACGACUCUUAUCGAGCAGUGAAACUAGAGACAAAAGUGGUCGGCUAUAGUCAACGACAAUCACAAUAUUAUCAGUGUGAGUUCUUAAACUUUCGAUUAUUGAAGCUUAUUUAUGAAAAUAGUGAUGGAAAAUCAACUCUAGUGUUUUGUCCAACUAGAAAUGCUACUGAAACUACUGCUGCUUAUUUGUUCAAAAAUUUCAAAUCUGAGUUAGGUGAACUAGCCAUGGCCCCCCCUAGAUUUGACUCUCCUGAGUUGAAUGAAUUUGUAACUAACAGAGUUGCAUUUCAUCAUGCUGGAUUAUCACAGUUUGAUCGAACAAAUAUUGAAAAGCUUUAUCUUGCUAAUCAAAUUAGCAUAGUUUGUUGUACAACUACUUUGGCAUCAGGAAUUAAUCUUCCAGCUUUUUUGGUAGUUAUCAAAGGAACGAUCUCUUGGCAAAAUGGCGAGCAGAAGGAAUAUCCGGACUCGGAUAUAAUGCAAAUGAUUGGCAGAGCUGGAAGACCGCAAUUCGAGAACUCUGGCAAAGCUAUCAUAAUGACAACGAAAAAGAAUGUAUCAAAGUAUAAUAAUAUUAUGAAUGGCAACAACAUUGUUACAAGUGUUUUACAUAAGUAUAUCUUGGAUAUUCUUUGCACUGAAAUAUUUUUGAGGAACAUUUGCUCGUUAGACCUGGCUUUAGAAUGGUUGCAAAAUACCUUUCUAUAUGUUCUCCAUUCAAAAGACCCUGAGAGGUAUUCUAAUAUGAUCAGGAUUGCCAAUAAUGGACAGGAUAUGUCUUUAGAGUACUGUCGAAAAUGCAUCAAUAGCUUGGCUAGCUUGGGAGUAUUGUAUUGGGAUACACUUCGGGACAGUGUUACACUUACAGAGUAUGGCACAAUAAUGAUCAAAAGAUAUUUAUCCCUUGAAACAGUCAAAUUCCUUGUUAAUAGCCUUACCUUCGAUAAUUUGGAACAUUUCUUAUCUAAUUUCUGUUCCCUAAAAGAAUUUGAAAACCAUAAUUUGAAGAAUUUGGAAUCCAGACUAUACAACGAAAUUCUAAAAACUGCAAACCUCAGAUAUCCACCAAAAGAUAUCAAGAGUAAAGGCAGCAAAAUUCUGAUCUUGCUACAAUAUCAUUUAGGAAGAAUACAAUUUCCAAAUAAACUUGGGUUUGAAAAGCUGAGAUCAAGUUUUGAGUGGGAAAAGUUGAAUGUACUCCAACAUGCAAGCAGAAUAAUCUUAGGGACAAUUGAGAUCUUUGUAGAAAAACGAGACUCACUUUCACUUAAGUAUGCAUUAGAGUUGAAUAGAUGUUUGUUCAGCCGAGGCUGGGAAAAUUCUCUUGAAGAGUUGAGUCAGAUAGGAGGGAUCAAUAUUGAUACUUUGAAGGUAUUAUUUUCAAACAACAUUACCUCGGUAGAGGAAGCACGAAUUUUAACCAGUGACCAAGUCAAAGAUGUUUUGGAGGUAGACAACACUGAGCUAUCCAGCAUAAUGAAAACUUUAAGCCAGAUUCCGAGAAUGGAAGUCAGUUCAAGAUCAAUACCAUCACAUGAUGAUAGUGCAAUUAACUUCGAAAUCAAAGUAAAGAUUUUGAAUUGUCAACAAAGUUGGAUACACAAGAUGGAACAUUACAGUGUUGUUAUUGAAAAUUCACAAGGUACCCUUAUAAAUUUUAGGAAGCUACGAGUUUUUGAGAGUACCUGUUUUGUCGAAACAUGUACUAAGGAUCUCUUUCAGCUGGGGAUUACGUGCUACAUCAGUGUUGAUAAAAUGCUCGGGUUAAGAUGCAAAUGUUCACUUUUAGAUAUGAACCUCCUUCGAAACGAUCAUUUCAAUACAGAAAAGCAACCUGAUUCCUACGAAAUUCCUGGUACUUCCCGAGAGGAUGAUAUCAUCAGCAAAUCAGUUUGA